CGGCAUCAUCAUCAUCAUACAUCGAACUUUCUAGCAUCGUUCAGUGCGGUGUGCGUCGCUCGCGCUCCUUCUGCGACUUGCGCGCGUCAUCCUCGUUUCAAGUCCUCGGAAUGUCCAAGGGGCUGAAGGAAGACGCCCGGCAUCGUAUUAACAUCGACGAAAAAGCAAGUCGGACGCAGUUCUUCUAACAAGCUCCGGGAAGGUCGAGCGACGCAGAUGCGCCGCGCUAAGACUAAUGGCGCCGGAGUGGUCGGAGACGCUCGCUAGCUCGCCCCGCAACGCUGUUCGCGUUGCCGCCCAACCGCGCUGCCACUGAUGGAGGUGGUGGUAGAAGGGGAGGAAAUCACGGAGAAUGAAGGAGGCUAAGGCUGCACUGCGCUCGAGGCACGCCAGCCGCCCCGAGUUGAAGAGGCUACAGUGCAGGCCGCAGAGAACGCGCCAGACGCCGAACGAAGAACCGGGAAAACCGCAGUCAAGCCCAGGGCUCGACCGCCACCACUCCCCAGGAGGAAACCACUAGAGUCCACCGCCCGGGGAUUACAAAGUCAUCUUGCGGCCACAAACAGCAAACUCCUCGUAUUCGGCCUGGCGAAACUGUUUUAGAGCUGUCAGCACUGCGGAGGAAGUCAUUGCAGUGGGUCAACUCAGGGUGUACCCCAGCGGCAACACUGCACUCAGUAGCACGCCGUCCAGAGCCAGGGCUGAGAUAUACAACUUGAAGGUCCUCAAGGUCAACCAACAAGAUGUCCAAGUUAUCGCUUCCGCAACGGCGCCUGAGGUUUCAUUUAAGGGGAUACUGUAUUACGGCAGUUCUGAUGAAAACGACGUAGCGAUAAAGAAUUUCAAGCCAGACAUCCAGGGAAUCCAGCUUGUCGGAGCGAGGCGCCUAGGGUCCUCAAGGCAUGUGGUGAUCGUUUUCGCCGGCACAUAACCGGAGUGUAUGGGAUACUGGGGAGCCACUUAGGCUGUCAGCGGGCGGGACAUAGAGCAGACGUCUGCCCACAGGAAAGAAAAGCCAGGUGUAAAAGAUGCGGGGACGAAUCCCAUGUCACACCGGAGUGCGGCACGAAGCCAACGUGUGAGGCUCGUUGCAUUGUUUGCAAACGAAGGCACCCCACUGGUGGCAGAAACUGCAAGUUCAAGUAUUAUUACCAAAUGCAACUGAAGAGUAACAUCGCGACAAAUGGGGGCAGAGCAACUACAAGCCAGCCCAAGGAGAGGAUCCAUGCCAGCACAGCGUCUCAGCCCAGCACACACAGCACACGCCGUGCAGAGCAACCACCUUUCACAGGUAGACCAAAACAAGCAAAGGGACACCACCCUGGGAAAUAAGGCGCAAGGAACCUCGGUAUACGGUCGUCCUGCAUAGACGGGAGCAUAACACGGGGGCGCUUUGCCAGCCAUGGUCGUGAAACCAGCGGAUUGACCUCAAGGGCCAAGGGGCAGCCUGGGCUAGGCGAGAGGAUGGCCUGGCAGCCCCCUGCAGCCGGACCAGACGACAGAGGACCCAUCGAGAACAACGAAACGGUGCGCUCCGUGGAGCAGACAAAUCAAGAGACAACAAAAGAGCGUGUCAUUGUGAUCCACCAGCUUCUGAACGACUUGUACAAGCAGUUUGGACAGCCACUACCAUAUUUGGAAUUCGUAAUUCACCCGCAGUCAUUCGGCAAGACAUGUGAAAAUAUAUUUCGCCUGUCGCUCUUAAUCGAGGGCCACGCCCGCAUAAAAAACGAUGAGAGCAACCUGCUGGUGGUGGAGCCCAUCUUUAAAAACACUAGCACCCAGCGUGAGGCCAAUGAAAAUGUCUUCGUAAUGACCUUGGAUUUCAAAAAGUGGCAAGGCGCAGUCGAGGCAUUGAAGAUCACUAAGCCAGUGAUUCUGAAUUGAUGUUAUUUAUUGGUAACUUACAUUUUAAAUAAAGUUGUGUGUUUAUUCCUUGUAAUUAAUGGAAACAUUGAAUUAUGAAAUAUGUUUAAAGAACAAUUUUUCUCAACGUAUGGCAGUAAAGCAAGUGUAAAGUAGAAAAUAAUGCACACAUGUGCCAAAAACCAGCAGUAGGCAAUGGAAUAAGCAAAUGUAUACGACUUGUUCACGCCAAGCAGUGCAAAGGAAACUGUGAUAGAUUCACUCUAUGAAACUUUGCAGUAGUUUUUUGAACUAGUUUUAAGUGUGGUUUAAUGGACUACACAUCUCUCGCAAUGUCAACAAAAGUGCAUUCCUUGUUUUUCCUUUAACUUUUUCUAUUCGAAUCUCUUUAAUGUACGGUCAAGAGAUAAUUCCAUAGGUAGAAUUGCUAAAAUAUCUGUAAUUUAUACAGAAAAGCUUAAUUGGCAUUCACACACAGUAUACCAUGUCAAAAGGAGCAUGUGUUGUUGGAUUGUUGUGAAAAGUCAGCAGCAGUCUUUUCGGAAUGCACAGGGACUCUGUGAUGAUUUAUUGCACCUAUGUCUGCCCCAUUUUUUUAGUUUUGUUGCAGGUAAUUCUCCGAGGGUCCUGCUUGCUAAUUGCGCCCUCUUCUGUUAGAACACGAGGCAUCACAUUUGUCUUGGUCGUUUAAAUUUUGUAGUGAACUACAUUUGGUUUCGUAUAGUGAUAGUCCAAACAUUUCUGAACAUCUGUUUCUCCCCGGAGAUGCUCCUACUUCAAUGUGCUCAUUCGUGAGCCGGCCACAUGUUUUGAUAAUCAGUGGUCUCGACUACACUGUCCCCAGGUAAUUUUUAUGUAGAAGCUCUCGGAACUGUUACAAAUAAUGAUCUGUGAUGUGGUUUUCCCAAAUGCAGUGGCUCCUACAGUAAGUGUUCAAUUUGAUGUAUUUCAUAAAAAUGCUAAACUUGCUAUUAGAUAACUAAAUGGCUUGUUAGAAGACCACCUUGAGAGCCUUCAAAUAAAUGCUGUGAUAGCCACAGAUGCUUCUGUCAGUGAAGAUAAGGCAGGAGUAAGCAUUUUUUAACCAUAAAAUGGGUCUUUUCUCUUCAACUGCCUGACUUCACGCCGAUAUUCCAGGUAGAGUUAUUGAUGACCAUUCUAGCACUGCAAGAACUUCCCACGUCUAUUCAGCUGAUAUGUUAACUGACUCCCUGUCCGUUUGUUCUGUUAAUGGCAAAUUCAUCUACCAUUCUCGGCUAAUUUUAUUCAUCUAUUCCCCAACACUUGUGUUUUGUCCGUUUGGUAUGGGUACACAGGCUUAACCUUAACUCGUGAUGGCAUCCCUUAAGGUCCUGAGGGUCCUACAACUUCCAGGAUAUAUCACUGCUGCAAGAUUUAGAAAAUUUUCUGCUCAUGAGAAACGUGCAGAAUCAUACAUCCUAAACAACACUUAUUGUCAGCACUUGAGAUUCCCCUGGCACAGUGGAUGGUGUUGCAAAAGAAAAAUUUGCAAAUUACAUUUACUAGAUUGCAUUGUUGAAUGCCGCUGCUUCAUUUUUAUUCACACUGGUUUGCUUUGGCUCCUUUCUUUGUAUGUUAUUGCAGUGUAGAACUUUUCUUUGUAGAAUGUAAUAGGUUUACAAUUCAAAGUAAACAACAUCUAGAAGGUCCA